AUGCCUAUGCUCCUACGGGAUUGGAAACCUGAUUUCUUUGUUACUGAUGAAUGCACUGCUCAGAAAUUGAGGGCUUCAUAUGCUAGAAUUCUUGUUGAAAUUGAUGCUACUCAACAAAUGCCAAAGGAGAUUACCAUACAAAAUCAUGAGGGAAAGAAGGUGAAACAGGCAAUUGAAUACGAGUGGCUACCUAAAUUUUGUGGAAGAUGCCAAAAAUUUGGGCAUAAUUGUGCCACGACCCGUACCAUACCUCAAUGGAAGCCAAAGCUGAAACAACCUACUGAGGAGCCAGCCAAAGAGAAUGGGAAGGAAUCAAUUGCUGAGGCUAGCACAGAGCAAGUGUUGGAAAGCAAGGAAGAUACUCCUAAUGGAGUGGUUAGCAAGAAUACUGGGCAGGAACAGUGGUCAUCCCCUAAAGUAGGCAACAAGGGACAUGGAACUAGCAGAAAUAAAUGUAAAGCUCCUAUUCAAGUCUUGUGUAGUAAUGGCUUCAAUGCUCUAGGGGAUUGGAUUGACCCCAUAGGGCAUGAAGAACUUGAACCAUGGUUACAACCCGAUAUUUGCAUUCUUUUGGAAACUAGGGUCAAAAAAGAUAAGGCUGAGUUGAUUAGGAAGAAACUGAAAUUACAUUAUGCUUAUGUUGAUAACUAUAAUAGUCAUGUAAAUGGUAGAAUAUGGAUUAGCUGGAAUCCCCUGAACACCAAUAUUAAAGUCUUGAACUGUACUGAGCAGAUGAUUCACUGCAAGGUUAUGGAUCCAUCUGGCAAGCUUAAAUUUCAACUGACUGCAGUCUAUGCCUUGAAUACUCUGGCUCAGAGAAGGAAACUCUGGCAGGAUAUUAGCAGCCUGCCUAGGAUUGAUCAUGAGCCAUGGUGCCUCAUUGGAGACUACAACAAUGUACUAAGAAGCAAAGAUAGGAUUGAUGGCAACCUUGUUACUGAAAGAGAAUUUGUGGAUUUGCAAACUAUGAUGGACAUGUGUAAUUUAACUGAAAUGGAGAACCAAGGUGACUACUAUACUUGGCACAACAAGCAUGAUAGGGAUCCUAUAUUUUCCAGAAUUGAUAGGGUUUUGGGAAACAGUGCUUGGUUCCAAAACAUGGACAUGAAUCUGAGGCACCACCCUCCUCAUAUCUCUGAUCAUGCUUUGCUCCAGGUUAGCAUGAAUUCCCUACCCAAUCAUAAGAGAAGCCAUUUCAAGUUUGUGAAUCAGAAUGUGGAGUUUAGAGGGUUUCCAAGCAGCUGUUGCCAACAAUUGGAGUAUGCCUAUACAUGGGAGUCCUCCUUAUGUGCUUUGGGAAAAACUCAAAAGGCUGAAGCCCAUUCUCAAGAAGCUUAG